CACACGGCGCAGAGCGCCCUCGCCGAAUCCCAGGAGCAGGUGGACGCCCAGGAGGCAGACGGCUUCGAUCCCAGCGAGGCCCUCAGGCAGAGGAUGGCGGACCAGCGGGAGGCCUUCCGAGGACGAAACAACUGACAGGGAGGCGCAGCUGCAGCGGGCCUCCCGGUUCGAGCUGGAGGCCGUGGCGGCGCUGCAGGCGGCCGAGGCGGGGCUCUCUGCGGCGCAGGCCGAGCAGAGGCCGCUGGACGAGAGGCUCGGGCGGGCGGUCGCGGAGUAUGAGGCCGCGCGGGACUACGCAAACAUUCGGACCUCCCUGGCGAAUUCGACCAGGGACCUGGAAAGCGCGGAGGCCAGGGCGGAGGCCGACAGGAGAAGGCGGCUGCGGAGAAGCAGCUUCGAGAAGAACACCAGGCGAGACAACGGGCAGCUGCCGAGAAGGCAGAGAGGGAGGCGAACGAGGCUGCCGAGAGGGAGAGGGAGGGGGAAGCCGCGUGGGCCAACCUCGGGGCUGCGGAGAAGAUCAUGCAGGAGGCGGAGAGCGAGGACUCGGAGCUGGAGCCGGAGAUGAUGCAAGCACCGGCGGACGAGGAGGCCAGGGCGAAGGAGGAGGCAGAGUGGCCGGCGAAGGCCGCGGAGGAGGCGAGGUGCGCAGCUCCCCGGCCGUCCCGACGCCGGACCUCUCGCCGGUCUCCACGGAGGCCCUCCCGGCCGUCUCCAACGACGCCAUCGCGGAGAAGCUGUCCGCGAGCUCGGCCGAGGGCCCGAUCUCGACCGGGGUAUCCGCAGAACACUCGGGCGAGAUCACAGGGGCAGCCGCUCGGGUGCCGGCCACGGAGGAGGGCAGGUUGCCUGCGGACCCCGGGUGCUACACGAGGACCGAGGAUGCCAACUGGGUGCCAGAGCCACGGGGGCGGAGCGACGAGGUGGAGGCUUGACAGGUGGACCGCGGCCUGGGCGAGCAAGGGUGCAUGCGGCGCAAGGACCGACGUCUGGGACCACUACUGCGAGAGGACGGACGUCGAGAUGGGGUACGUCGCCGCCCAGGCCAGCCCCGAGGUCGGCCAGAGCUUCUCGGAGGAGGACCCCGAGGUCAGCGGCGAUAGCGGCUCGAAGCCCAUGAGCGCCCUGCAGCUCGGGGGAUCGCCAGCGUGGCCAUGGCCAUGGUCCAAGAAGCCCAUGAUGGACAAGGCGAAUGCCAGUGCACAGCGCGAUGCCGAGGCCGAGGCCAUGGAUGCCUACCCCUCUGAGCCUGGGUGCUACAUGAAGAUGGCCUCUGGGUGCCCCCAGAACCCGAUGAAGACAGACCUGUGGAGGCACGACCCGUGGGCGGAGCGCCGCGGGCUUGACCGGGCGGGCUGCGAGGGCCGCAAGAGGGUGUGGGACGCGUACUGCGCUGCCAGCGACGCGAAGGUUGUGUUCGUCAGCAGCAGGGCGAGCUCCGAGGCGGUGAGCGCGCUGCAGCUUGGAGGCUCGCCGGCGUGGCCGUGGCCGUGGUCCAAGAAGCUCGCGGUGGACACGGCGAAGGCUGGUGCACAGCGCGAGGCUGAGUCCAUUGAUGCCUACCCCUCGGAGCCCGGGUGCUACAUGAGGAUGGCCUCCGGUUGUCCUAAGAAUCCGAUGAAGACUGACGUAUGGAGGCACGACUCGUGGGCGGAGCGUAAUGGGCUCGACGAAGCGGGUUGCAAGCUGCGCAAGAGGGUCUGGGAUAAGUAUUGCGCAGCCGAGGACGCAGCGGUCGUCUUCGUUAGCAGUGAAGCCAGCUCGCAGCGAUAACGGAAUAUCCAGUUUGUGGAAUUUAAAUUCGUGGCCGAUGGGCCAGCUGCCGGUUGGCAGGCAGGGCUUGACUGGUGGGGUGACGUGUUCGUGCCGUGCUUUCACGCCCUCUCGCUCUGGAGCGAGAGGACGUCGCGCCCCAGCUAGAAGAAGUGAGCUCGCUUGCGUGCCGCCCUCCUCCUUGCGCUGCUUGCUUUUUGCUCCACCUCUGCAGUCUCCUCAUCUUUCUCAAUUGCGUAUGUUGCAUCCAGUUUAUGGGUUCGCCCCAUGCCGUCGACCUGCUCGUCCUCCACACUGGCGUGAGCGGCACUGCGAUGCAUUGGAUCGCGCGUGCUGACAAGAAAAUACUCAGCUGAUCGCUGGUCUGGGCGGUGUAUGAGUGG